GUUCAGGGCUUUCGGCACGGUGCACACGUGCACCGAAAGGCCGAAUGCAUUUUGUGUGCGCCUGAGCGGAACAUAAUACGUGCGUUUCCGCACGAACAUAUUAAGUGGCGGAAGUCUCCUCGUUCAGCGCAAGUCUUCUGUCAAACAUAUAACAUAAUUCGGCCCGCAGAAAGAUUUUUAUUUACUUAGUUGUAUAUUCGUUUGAUUAUUGAUGUAAACGUUUACGUGUCGUAUCUAAAAGCGCAUGUUAAACGCGUGUCAACGCGCUGCUUUGUUCUUUCAAAAGUGAGUGAGAGGAUGCGCGUCUUUCGUUGCUACGCAUUCAUGAGACGCGCUUUCUGUGACAGCGAGAAUAAAGAAUGCGUGAUCAGAUUUUUCAUCUGCAUAUCACGUCAAUCAUAUCAUUGUCACAAUGCGAUCAGCUGGUCGGGACACGGAAGAGCUGUAACCCGGGCUUACUCAGCUGUCACUCAGCUGCGGAGGGGUUCGACUCCUCACCUGCACUUUAAGCCAAAUACCUCACCAGUAUCAUAUAAUAAGCAUAGGAAAGAACUGGACUGAAGCUCAGAGUUACUGCCGAGCAAUGUACACAGAUCUGGCAACUGUAGAUAAUACAGAUGAGAUGAACAGCUUGUUCAAAAGCAUAUCUGAUGUGUCACAAGAUAUGUAUAUUGGACUUUAUAGAGGUCAAGUGUUCAAAUGGCACUGGUCUUUGACAGACAGUUCUUACAAAAACUGGAAACCUGGAAUUUCAGAUGGAAAUCAGGAGACUUGUGCUGUAAUGGAUGGGAACAAUGGAAAGUGGUUCAUUGACAAAUGUGAAUCAAAGAGACCAUUUGUCUGCUUUAAUGCAACAGCCAGUAAAAAGUUUAUUCUCAUUACUGAUAACAAGCCCUGGACGGACGCCCAAGAAUAUUGCAGAACCUUCCACACAGAUCUAGCCAAUCCCAAAGACUCCUCAGAAAAUCAAGACGUCAAAAACACUGCAAAGACAAAUGUGUGGAUUGGAUUAUUUAAGGACUCUUGGACGUGGUCGGAUCAGAGCAGUAUAUCCUUUCGUUUCUGGAGCUCCAGUCUUUCAAGUAGUCAGGAUUGUGCUUCAAUAAUGGUGAACCAAACAGGGAGAUGGAAUGAGGUCCAAUGUAGUGUCCCUCUCUACUUCAUCUGUUAUGGUGAUUUGAAAUCUCAACCAACCACUAAACCAGUGACACAACCAGCAGCCACUCAGAAUCACAACAAUACAUCUUCUGCACCUUCAUCUUCCCUUAAGCCACCUCAAAACAUUACAGAGAAGAAAAGUACAGACACACAACCAACACAAAUACUACACACAACCACAAAUAACACAACAGGUGCAGUACAGGAUAACUUGAUUCUGGUCAAUGAAAAGAUGACAUGGCUGGAAGCUGUGAGUUAUUGCAGAAAGCAUCAUGUGGACCUGGUCUCCAUUCACAGUCAAGAGCUUCAGGAUAGGACAGCACAGAAAGCCACCCAGGCCUCUACUUCACACGUAUGGCUUGGUCUCCGUUAUACAUGCAAAUUCAACUUCUGGUUCUGGAUAAAGAACACAGAAACUGGCUGCUACCAGAACUGGGCACCUGGUCAUGGGCCAUAUGGUUAUGAGGAGUGUGAACUGUCAGGAGCUAUGGAGUCCACUGGGGGGCAUCAGUGGGUAGGGAGACCAGGGAGCGACAGGCUUAAUUUCAUCUGUUAUAAUUGUGUAAAUUGCCAGUUAUGCAAUGAUGUAUUUUAACCUCAGAAAUGGAGGGACAGGCUGUGAAUAGCUGCUGGUAUGAUGUGAUAUCAUGUGAAUUGUAAUGUCUUGAAUACAGAGAACCUUACAACAAAUCAAUAUAAUGUAACUACAAUAAAAGUAGUAAAAGUGUUUUGUGAACAUAAUGAUUGCAGGUAAAUUGAGCAUUUUGCAUAUGUUUCAUUUUUCAACUUUAUUACAUUAACCUUUCAUUUAAUUUUAUGUCCAUUUGUACAAAUAAAUGUUGGAUUGAAGACAUUA